GAUGUAGCGUCUCGGUUUCCUUGCUGGAUUCGCGGUGACCGGCUGUUCAUCUUUUAGGUCUCGGCGAAACCUCGUUGUACGUGCUGUACGGCGUUUAUUUACAUCUCUCCCCCCCUUAUUAUCGGUUUAUGCUUUUUCGACUGGUUGGUACGCUGCUCCGCGUUCCCAUGAAGCCGCAGGUUGUGUUCGUGCUAGGUGGACCCGGAGCUGGAAAAGGCACACAGUGCACCAAAAUUGUAGAGACUUACGGCUACACUCACCUGUCGGCUGGGGACCUCCUGCGGGCAGAGCGAUGUCGGGAGGGCUCUGCGGAUGGACAGCUGAUCGACAGCUAUAUCAAGGAAGGCAAGAUCGUCCCUGUUGAGAUCACCAUCAAUUUGCUAAGGAAGGCCAUGGAGGAGACGAUGCAAACUGAUGAGGGAAAGUGUCGAUUCCUGAUCGACGGCUUUCCCCGGAAUCAGGACAACCUGCAGGGCUGGGCUGCUGUCAUGGACGGAAAGGCAGAUGUCAGAUUCGUCCUCUUCUUUGACUGCAGCAACCAGGUGUGCGUUGAGAGGUGUUUGGAGAGGGGGAAGAGCAGUGGACGGACUGAUGACAACAGAGAGAGCCUAGAGAAGCGUAUCCAGACGUACCUGCAGUCCACAACGCCCAUCAUCGAGCUGUAUGAGCAGCAGGGGAAGCUGCGUACUGUGGACGCGUCUCGGAGCGUGGAGGAGGUAUUUGCUGACGUGAAGAGCCUUCUGGACAGAGAGGGUUAGAGACGUCCUUCUUCGCUAACCUCAGAUUCAGGCCCAACAUAUAUUUUUUUGACUAUAUGCAUUUUAUUGGAUUUUUUUUUAUUUGUAACACGCUUACAAAGGGAGUAUUC